AUGGCUAGUUUCGAGGACCUCGCCUUCGACUGGGCGACCCUGUGUCAGGAGUGCCCCGAGUGCUGGACCACUUCAGGUGAGGAUGAACUAACUACGGGUGGUGAACAGGGACUAGUUUUUUUGUCGGGUGGGAACACCGGUGGGUUCGGAAUUCUUUUCCCCUUCUUCGACACGCUCGAUAGGGACAUUACGGUUGCUCGGCUUACGCAACCUGACACGGCGCUGUCGUGGGAGAUCCAGGAUCGGCACGUGUGCUGCAGAGCGCAACCGAUCCGCUGGACGUGGCGCGACAACGAGGAAACGCCAAUGGCCAUAGGAAUGUCACAGAUGCAAAAGCAAAUUCUCAUAUGGGAAAUUGGU